CCGCCACCGCGGCACGGCCGGACCGGGCUCGGUGUGCGCGGCUCAGCCCCCCGCAGGGCGUGGGGGGGCUGCCCGGGGCAAGAUAUAACCCCCUGGAUCAGGCGGACUUGGCCUCGCCUCAGCCCCAGGCCCGGCCAGGUAGAUGUUCUUCUGGAAGUGUCACCCUGAGUAGGAGAAGCUCUCCCACCAAGCGGAUUCCCGCUGGCCACAACUUGCCACACGAGGUGCCAGGGAAGGAGAACGGGUGGGAUUCACCGCGAGGCUGAGGCACGGCCCCGAGAGUGCGUCAGGCCCGUGGUGGUAACUUAGUCCCUGGGAAUCUUUCCAGCAGACAGGGAUAUUUCUAGGACUUGGCAUUUCAAGUGGCAACAGGAUUGUUUAUAGGAAGGGAACAGAAAGGACGGAAGGAUGAUGUUGACCUAACAGCCCUACAAACCUACCGCACUUAAUCCACUUAUCACCCCGAAUUCCUGAAGCAGAUAAAUGCUGAUAACAGUUAAAACACAUCACUGGCAGGAGCAGCAUGUUCUGUCCUCUAGAAAUACAUCAAUACUGGAAAUUACAAAGCUGUGUGCUACCAUGGGGAUGAGCAUGAUAUAAGAGCUGAGGAAGCCCUCACUAUUCAGUGGAGUUCUUCCACAGGAAGGUAGUAAGCAUCUGCUUCCUUCUCUCUCCCUGCCCCAACUACUCUGAGAUGCUGUUCAGACCUGAGAAAGGCUUCUAAAUACUGUUGUGACCCCAGAGCCACAGCUGCCUGAUCUGUGCCUUCAUAUCUGAGAUACCAAGUGGGCCCCAAGUGUCUUGUUACUGCUUUUGAUUGUCCUUGCUGCUCAGCAUUAAGACCUGUGAGGAGUGAUUUCCAGCUGAGACCAGCCCCGUGCAGCUCACAUCAGCAUGUCUUGGGGAGAGGAGUUGGUUUUGGCUAAUCUGAGCUAAACCUUCCCUGGAGGAGUGCAGCUGCUGCGCCAGCCUUGCAGAGCAACACAAAACCACUUUCUCCUCUCCCCAUCUGCCAGGGCUCUCAGAGAGGUGUUGGAGCCAUCCCUGGGCAUCAUGCAGCUACAUGCCUCCCCCUGUGUCAAGACCCCUUCCUCCUGGGGACCUGUCCCAGGCUGAACAGGAGGAGUAAUGCUGUAAACCAAAGGUUGUUUGGAGUAAACCUUGUUCCUACAAAGUCUGGAGGCAUAAAACAACUGAUGGUGCUUUUGAAUACAUGAAGCUUACAGGCUCAUCUGCUGCCUGGGUCUUUCCCCACAUGGCCAUCCCCUACCAGUCUCUGCAGCACAGCACCCCAUGUGAAUGGGCACCCUUGAAGUUGCAGCAGAGGGCUUUCAUGUGGACAGAGCAGUUAUCUCACAAGAAGUGUGAAAAGAGGAAGCUGCCUAAAGAGAAGUGAAGACCUCUCAGCCACAGGAGUUUUUAUGAGUCAGAUGCUGCUCAGCUGUUGCAUUGCAGAUGUCUUAGCUAAAAACAAGCGUUCAUUGAAAAUCAAAGACUCUUCGUGAGUAUAGGCGGCAGGAGCCUCCCACAAAACAUGGUUUUUCUUCUUCAAAGAGCUCUCCUUAGAUUUGCCUACAAUAGAUUACUUAAAGCUUGCCUGCAUUGCGAAGCUGAUUCAGAGCCAGCAUGGUGUGGAUCAGAAACAGUCCAGCUGUUCAGGAUGAAUUCGCUGUCCGGUUGUUCUCACUCUGUGAAUAUGAGUGCCUUCCUCUGAAGGGACCUAGUGAAGAAGUUGGCUGUGGAGGGCUAUUUUAUGGAGUCAGGGAUACAGUAGAGCCUUUGCUCUGUACUGACUGCUCGUGUGUACUGGUUUUCUGUGUUGAAGGUGAUCCUACACUUUGUGGAAGGUGACAAAGUUUGUUGUAAAUGCAUGCGAUGUUUUACAGCCAUCAGGAAGCAAAGCUCUGUGUGUUAAAUUGCUUGUGGUCUAGUCUUUGGACACCCGCUGGUAGGUCUAACACCAUCAUUGUAGGACAGAGAAGUCAGCCCUGGCAUGGGGAGGAGUCUGACCAAAAAGCAGAAGAGCUUGCAUCUGCCAGGAACUGCUUGCCAAAUGCAGUGUGUGUACAUCUCGCCUGUCCCUUCGCAAACAGGAGGGGAUCAGCCAGCUGCCCUGGCAUGAAAAUACCUGACAAACCCUCACCUCCUUUGCCUUUUGGAUCUUUGUGUCUGGUUGUGUUCUUAUAGCCUUUGACCUCCCCAUCAUGAUCCCAAAUCUAAAAGUCAUCUUCCUGUUUCUUUGGUUGCUUCGGUGUGGAGGGGGAAAUGUCGAUGUACAGCAGAAACCUCCAAUCCAGGUUGGCUUGCUCAAGGAAGAAAUAUCCAUCCCCUGUAAAGUCGUCUUCCCUUACAUGCCAAAAUACACCAAAUUUUCAAUCUCCUAUUACUGGAUUAAUUCACUGGAUCAGAAGACAUCUAUCUGUACAAGGGUGGAAAACGUAGCCAUUCCUUCUGGAGAAGAGAAUAAGACUGCUGCCUUAUCUUACGACCACAGAAUCAUGCCACUUGAAAACACCUCUUAUACUGGCACGUACUACUGCAAUGUGAAAUGGAAUGAUAUCCAAAAAACAGGAAAGGGAGUAUUUGUCCUUAUUAGAGAUACAGGAUACAUAAAUACCUCUUACGGCUGGGAAAUCCUCGUUACCCUUACUGUUCUUCUGGCUGUAUUGAGCAUCACUGCAACAGCUCUGCUUCUGUGGAAAAGAAAGGUGUUUUGCCCUAGAAGGAACCAGCCAAAUAUCCUGAGACAGAAGGUGGACACACAGCUCCCUUCAGCCAGCCCACCAACACUACCUCCUCCUGUCUAUGAUACCCUGGAUGUGCAGCAAGUUGAUGUGUAUUCUAGCCUUGAAAACAGCACAAGCAACCCAUCACACAGAAAGAAUCCUCCAGGGAAGACACCUAAGAAGCAAGAAACUCUAGAAGAAUCCUCUGAUACAUUGUAUGAGAAUAUCUAGCAGGGAAGAUACCUGACCCUAUGUGGACCAGACAUCUUUCUGUAUGGCAGAGCUACUCUCUCACAUCCCUGAUGAGAUGCAGAUACGUGGAGAGAUCCACACUGACUUCAGAGCACAACCACGAGGGAAUUGUGAACCCCUUGCCCCUUCUAAACUGCCCUUCAUUAACAACAGAAUGUAUCUGUUGAAAUCCCUCGGGGCUCAGUCUGCAUUGAUGCAGCAAAGCUAUUUUGCAGCAAAGCUGUUUGCUGCAAAAGAAAAGCUGCUUUUGUCAAGCACUUAUCUUGGGAAUGGGCAAUCUGUGAAGGUUUCUCUCACCUGCCCCGGCUGAAAUACUUAACUGUUGAUCCUCUGCAAGUGGUGAAACAAUCCGGAGGCUUCCCUGCUUGCUGGCUUGAUGUUCCAAUCCUGACCUGCAGCCUCCCGUCUGAUCCUGUGCUUGUGGCUUUGCUGAAAUGGCCAUCAGGACUUCAUGCAUAGUUUAAUCAGAUCCAAGCAUCCACCUGCCCAUUUCCCUUUCUCGGGAACCCCACAGCAAACAGCUUUCUCAUAAUCUGCUAAUCCCAUCAAGUAGUCACAGAUGCCUGCUGUGACCUUACUGGGGUGACUCAAAUCAGUGCCUCUAAGAAAAUGCUUCCCCUUCAGCAAUAUCAGCAGUACACGGUAAGGACUGGAUGCACCGAUGGAGAUAAAGGUGGAGAAAAGGAACACAGAAAAUAUCCCUUCCUGACAACAUGUCUCAGUGACAGUGCCUAUUCCAGAACAAAAAAGAGGAACAAAGAGGUGGGAAUGUGAGGAAACUCCCUCGCUGGGGCUGCUUAAGCCAGGCGGGCCAAGUUCUUUCUCCCCUGUCAGCUGGAACUUGCCUACCAUUUGUGUUGAUGCAUAUUCUGGUCCUGAUAGGGAAGGAGUUACAUUAAAUAGCUGAAUAACAUGAUCAAACCAGCAGAUGAAAAAGCUGAGGCUGUUUUAUCUCAUAUUAGAAAACAACAAUGAAAUAACAACCAAACAAAACCAACCCAAAAUAAGAAUAUGCAGCAUAACUUGAGAGGAAUUGUAGAAAACCUCUUUAAAGGAGAAGAUCAAAUUAAAAUUGAGCUCCAGGGUCAUAGGACCCUCUCUAGCUGAAGAUAAUGUUGCUAUGUAUCAGAGAUAGAGGCUGUGGAAAAUGUCUCCGGGCCCUCCAACCUUCCUAUACCAUGUUUAAAGAGAUAAUCCUCUUAUUGCUUUGCUCUUUUUAUUAGAAAAGAUUUCAAACAUGCAAUUUGGACUUUCUUUAACCACAGAAAAAUGUUUUUUCUCUUCCCAGCACUGAGGAAUUCGUUUCAGAAAAGGCAACGAAUGGACAGCAUGUCUUAUUAGAUCCAUUUAUAAUUUGUUAAGUGAUCACAGCAAUUAUAAAUAUUUUUGAAGUAAAAAGUUUUACAUUUUACUACUAUGACCAGGAAAUAUUUGUGUUCACAGAAGAAUUUACAGAGGAUUGUACAGGUAUAACAAUUCCUUUCCUUAACAAAUUUGAAGAAAUGAUAAGAUGAAUUAUAAAUAUGUUGCAGUGUGGCAAUAAAAUAUUCAGCAGAUGCUGGUGGAUUAGAUGAAAAGUAAAAACUUUCAAAACAA